CUCCUGGCCUGCUGUGGCGACGAGGGACCCGCCCAGCGACCCCCAUGAUGAGGCUCGUGCUGCCCAACCCAGGCCUGGAGGACCGGAUCCCGUCCCUGGCGGAGCUGGAGCGCAUCGAGGAGCAGGAGGCCAGCUCGCGGCCCAAAUGGGACAACAAGGCCCAGUACAUGCUCACCUGCGUGGGCUUCUGCGUGGGCCUGGGCAAUGUGUGGCGCUUCCCCUACCUGUGCCAGAGCCACGGCGGAGGGGCGUUUAUGAUCCCCUUCCUCAUUCUGCUGGUGGUGGAGGGAGUCCCCCUGCUGUACCUGGAGUUCGCCGUUGGGCAGAGGCUGCGGAAGGGGAGCGUGGGCGUCUGGAGCGCUAUCCACCCGGCCCUGAAGGGCCUAGGCAUCACGUCCAUGAUCGUGUCCUUCAUGGUGGGCCUGUACUACAACACCAUCAUCGCCUGGGUCCUGUGGUACUUCUUCAACUCCUUCCAGGACCCUCUGCCAUGGAGCCAGUGCCCACUCAACGAGAACCGGACGGGCUAUGUGGAGGAGUGUGCCAGCAGCUCCUCCGUGGACUACUUCUGGUACCGGGAGACCCUCAACAUCUCCACCUCCAUCAACGACUCGGGCUCUGUGCAGUGGUGGAUGCUGCUCUCCCUGACCUGCGCCUGGAGUGUGCUCUACCUUUGUACCAUCCGUGGGAUCGAGACCACCGGGAAGGCCGUGUACAUCACCUCGACGCUGCCCUACAUCGUCCUGACAAUCUUCCUCAUCCGGGGCCUGACACUGAAGGGGGCCACCAAUGGCAUCGUCUUCCUCUUCACGCCGAAUGUGAGUGAACUGGCCAACCCGGUCAACUGGCUUGAUGCGGGCGCCCAGGUCUUCUACUCCUUUUCGCUGGCCUUCGGGGGCCUCAUCUCCUUCUCCAGUUACAACUCUGUCCACAACAACUGCGAGAUGGAUUCAUUGAUUGUGUCCAUCAUCAACGGCUUCACGUCCGUGUACGCAGCCACCGUGAUCUACUCCAUCAUUGGCUUCCGGGCCACCGAGCGCUACGACGACUGCUUCAGUGCGAACAUCCUGACACUCAUCAAUGGGUUUGACCUGCCUGAAGGCAACGUGACGCAGGAGAACUUUGAAGAAAUGCAGCGGUGGUGCAAUGCCACAGACCCCGCAGCCUUCGCGCAGCUGACGUUCCAGACCUGCGACAUGAACUCCUUACUCUCCGAGGGCGUGGAGGGCACCGGGCUGGCCUUCAUCGUCUUCACUGAGGCCAUCACCAAGAUGCCAGUGUCCCCGCUGUGGUCUGUGCUCUUCUUCGCCAUGCUCUUCUGCCUGGGCCUCUCAUCCAUGUUCGGGACCAUUGAGGGGGUGGUCGUACCCCUGCAGGACCUUAAGAUCACCUCCGAAAAGUGGCCCAAGGAGCUGCUCACAGGCCUCAUCUGCUUAGUGGCCUAUCUCAUCGCCUUCAUUUUCACGCUGAACUCGGGCCAGUACUGGCUCUCUCUGAUGGACAGCUAUGCUGGCUCCAUCCCGCUGCUCGUCGUCGCCUUCUGCGAGAUGUUCUCUGUCGUCUACGUGUAUGGCGUGGACAGGUUCAACAAGGACGUCGAGUUUAUGAUCGGCCACAAGCCCAACAUCUUCUGGCAAGUCAUGUGGAGAGUGGUCAGCCCGCUGCUCAUGCUGAUCAUCUUCCUGUUCUUCUUCGUGGUCGAGGUCAACGAGGAGCUGAUAUACAGUGUCUGGGACCCUGCCUAUGAGGAAUUUCCCAAAUCCCAGAAGGUCGCAUACCCGAGCUGGGUGUACGUCGUGGUGGUCAUCGUGGCCGGGGUGCCCUGCCUCACCACCCCUGGCUUCGCCAUCUACAAGCUCAUCAGGAACCGCUGCCAGAGGCCAGGGGACCGCCGGGGGCUGGUCAGCACACUGUCCACGGCCUCUGUGAAUGGGGACCUGAUGUAG